AUGUCAAGAGAUUCAAGGCGAAGAAAGAUUGUCGGAUGCGAUGAUAGCAUCGUAUGUUCAUCUUUCCGAAAAAGACUCCUAGCAGAUCACUCACUUUUCGAAGAAUUGAUUAUGGGCGAGAACCUGACCCUGGUAAACUCUUAUGCUUUCGUAGAAAAACACUCCUUCUGGGACGAAGAAAAACGCUCCCAGAAACCGCUUGAGCAGAUGCACAAAGACGCGAAAUUGACUCAAAAAAAGGAAAGCAACAAACUGCUCGAUAACAAAAGCAAGCCAGGUAGAGACCAAACCCCCGCUAAGAGGGGCGCAGCACCCAAGACGUACACCAGGUUCUCAGUCCCAAUCAGCUUGAUCCUUCGCAACCUUAAGGAUAAGCCAUGGUUCAAGUUAUCGCCACCUUUAAAAAAUGACACCUCUAAGAUGGACCAGACCAAAUAUUGCGCAUUCUACAGAGGUCCUGGGCACACAACCAAUGAUUGCAUCACAUGGAGGAAGUACCUUGAGCAACUUGUGAAAGAAGAGGCCACCAAUAAGUCCAAGAAGAGGAAGUUCCAGCAGGCAAGAUCGGUCAAUCAGGUUCAAGCCAUAGAUGAUGUACUCGGACCAAUCGUCGACUUCACUGAGCAGGACAUUGAUGCCCUGGUGAUUUCUGUACAAUUGGCCCAUGCCAUCGUUGACAGAGUCAUGGUGGAUAACGGCAGCUCAGUCAACCUCCUACAACUGUCAGUCAUCUGGAAAAUGGGUUUGGAAAACACAAUCCAACGUAAAGCAGAGGUCUUGAUCGGAUUCAACGAGCUCACCUUAACUGCCAUUGACACUAUCACACUCUAUGUAACUAACCUAUCAAUUGUUUCAUCGCAGACCUUCAUGCUUGUUAGGGACCCAUCUCUUCAUAAUGGGAUAUUGGGUGGACCAUGGCUAGUGAAGAUUGGAGCUGUAACCUCGAUCGAGUACCAGAAGAUCCGAUUUUGCAUCCCAAGAGGAACAGUCGGAGAAAUCAAAGGCGACCAGGCCAUGUCCAGGCGAUGCAGUUUACAAGUUCUCAAGGAGUCGAAGAAUAAGUCUUUCGCCCUAGUAGUAGCGGUUGAAGUGCGGAAAGACAACUCCACCUCCGCCAAAUAG